ACAAAGUCUUUCUCCAUAGUUUCACGUUUUUUCUUUAAAAAAUUGUUACUAUGGAACCAACUUUUCAUAACCCUUCGACAAACAUGUAUUUGUAAAUAUUAUUAAUUUCGGUGUUCCCAGUCAAUGUUCCCUAAACGAAAUCCGUGCGGUGUGUCCGAAAAAAGUUUUUGUUGUUGUGAUUUUUUUUUUUUUUACGUUCUGAACCAUUCUAUUGAAUGUAAUGUUGGAACUUAAAACAAAACAAUAAAAAAAAAAUGUACCAAACUGCCGUCAAUUCGGAUCGCACGCUACUCGUCAAAUACGGUAUUCCCUUGAACCAUAUAGAUUUCGAUUAUGUAAGCAGCUGUGAUGAUCCAAAGGAAUUGAAACACAUUAUUCAAAUAUUAGAGUCUGGAGAAGAAGGAUCGUAUCCACAAUUGUUAGUAGCAACUGAAAAUCGCUUACGCCAGAUAAAACCAGAUGCCUCAAUUUUAAGCCGUAGACUAAGCUAUGCACAAAAAUCAUCUGAUCUUGAUCAUGAAGAAUACGAUGAUGUAUUUAGUUCUAUAAAAGACUGGAUAAAAUCAAAUGAUGAAAAAAAAGGACCACCUCCUAAUGAUCAAAAAUCUGUUGCUCUUACAAACGGGCAUGAUGAGAUUCCAGUUCGAAGAUCUAUUGAUUUUACCACAAUGUUUAACAGUGAAAAUGCUGUACACGAGUUAAAUGUGCCAAAAAAAACAAAUGCACUUCAACAAUCAUUGAGUACAAACUACAAAAAUUGGGAUAAAUACGACCCCGAUGUUGAAAUUAUGAAAAUGGACAAUAAGGAAAAAGUUGAAAAAUUGCAAACUCAACGAAAUAGAAAAAUUGCAUCAAAAACAUUAUCACUUGGCGGUGGCGAUAGGUCCGAUUUUCAGGAUAGAGUCAAGUCGAUAAAAUCAAUGGUACCAUCCGUUUUUAAAGAUAGUGCUAUAAAAUCUCAAGAUCAGGCUUUGAGAGAAAAAGAAUUGGGAAAUGAGUUUUUCAAUGCUAAUGAUUACAAUGAAGCACUGCGUUAUUACAACACUAGUAUCAAUAUUUAUCCAACACCCGAAGCGAGAAAUAAUAGAGCAAUGUCAUACAUUAAGUUAGAACGGUAUGAACUAGCAUUGGACGAUCUGAGAGAAGUGAUUGAAAGGGAUCCAAAAAAUGUUAAGGCCCAUUUUCGUAGAGGAUCUUGUUUAAAAGCCACAUCUAUGUAUUGUUUAGCUUUGAGGUCUUUUGAAACUACUUUAAAAUAUGAUUGUAACAAUUUUAAAGCACAGCAAUUUGUGAAAGAAUUACGGAAUAUAAUAUCAAACAUUCCUAAAAAAAAUUUAAUUAGGGUACGCGAAAUAACUAGACAUUAUGAUGAAAGCGUAUGGGACAUAGAAGAUCCUUUUUGUGUGUCCUAUAUGGAACUUCCGGAGUUAAACAAAGAACAAACCGAGUACCUGUACGAAGCUGAUCCAAUGGGCUGUUUAACAGAAUGUGUUUGCCAUCUCUGUCCUUGGCACGAGUGGAAGCAACGGAAAAAAAAGUGGGGUCGAUAUAAAAUCGAACAACAACGGAAGCGAUGGCAGCUGUUGACACAAAGUGCUGUAGCUGAAUUGUCGUCCGAAUCUAAGUCGUCAGUUCAAGAAACCAAAGUACCGAAAAGAAUGACUGUCACUGAAGUAUGUUCAGCCGAAAUGAACGGUCAUUCCAAUUCAACGACGGUUCAUCAUAGUAAGAUGAUGAACGGAAGCGGCGAUAAAUCGUCUUGCAAACAUUGCGACGUAGAUGUUUUCAAAAUGAGACCUGUAUCUAGUGUUCACGAAUUCCUGCAGAGCUGGAAAACUGUCAGUCAAAAAAAUAACUAUGAACUUUAUAAUAAACUGCUACGGAGUAUAAGACCAAAGGACUUACCUAAGGUUAUAAGUACAAAUUUAGAUGAAGAUAUCAUGUCGAAAUUCUUAGAAACUUUACGUCAAAAGUUUGAUCCUGAAAAAGAAUUAGAUCUUAUUGUUGAAUAUUUAACAGCCAUGACCAAAGUGGAUCGGUUCAACUUAAUUGUCAAAAUGUUAGACAACAAAGUUAAAGAAGGCUUUCAACCUCUUUUGAAGCGUGUUCACAAUCAUACUAAAAACAAUACUUUUUUAACAUUGUUAUGAUAGUUGAUUUUUGACAUUAUGUCUUGUUAAUGUUGGGUAAAUAUUGUGAAAAAGUAUUUAACUUUGAAUAAUUAAUGAACUGUUGCACACGAUAUCCGAAAUUAGUAAAAUAAAAAAAUGUAAUAAAAAAAAAAACAAAAGUCUGAUUAAUGUCAUCUCGUGUUUAGUACUACACAAGAAUAAUGUAAUAUUUUUAUCAGUUCUGUAAUUUUAACACUUUUGUGAAGCGUUUUAUUGUAUGUAAGUUAAUAUGUAAUGUCAUCCAAAGCGCAAUUUAUGGACGUACUAGUUAAAUAUAUAAACAAUG